UUUUAUUGAACAAAAUAGUAAUAGCAAUAGUCCUUGAUUUGUAUGAUAUAGAAGUGCAAAGUAGUGGAAGUUUUAAGUGCCUCGUUCCGCCCUCAAUGGCCAAGUUUUGGCCUCACUUUGCAUGUGCUUUGGCAUUGUGCUUGAUAAUCAACAAUGUAGCUGCCGACGUUGACCCUUAUGGUGCUCCACCGCUUGACAAUUAUGCGUCACCUCCACCUCCUCCAUAUGUUUACAAAUCACCAUCGCCUCCGCCAUAUGAGUACAAGUCUCCACCACCUCCUCCGUACGUUUAUAGCUCUCCGCCUCCGCCUCCAUAUGAGUACAAGUCUCCACCACCUCCUCCGUACGUGUACAACUCUCCACCACCACCUCCAUACGAGUAUAAGUCACCACCUCCUCCUCCUUAUGUUUACAAAUCACCUCCUCCACCUCCAUAUAAGUACAAGUCACCUCCACCUCCUCCGUAUGUUUACAAAUCACCUCCUCCCCCUCCAUACGUCUACAAGUCUCCUCCUCCACCUCCAUAUGAGUACAAGUCACCUCCUCCUCCUCCUUAUGUUUACAAAUCACCUCCUCCCCCUCCAUAUGAGUACAAGUCACCUCCUCCUCCUCCUUAUGUCUACAAAUCACCUCCUCCCCCUCCAUAUGAGUAUAAGUCACCACCACCUCCUCCAUACGUCUACAAGUCACCUCCUCCUCCUCCAUAUGUUUACAAGUCACCUCCUCCUCCUCCAUAUGUCUACAAGUCACCUCCACCUCCUCCUUAUGUUUACAAAUCACCUCCUCCCCCUCCAUAUGAGUACAAGUCACCUCCUCCUCCUCCUUAUGUCUACAAAUCUCCUCCUCCCCCUCCAUAUGAGUACAAGUCACCACCACCUCCUCCAUACGUCUACGAGUCACCUCCUCCUCCUCCAUAUGUUUACAAGUCUCCUCCUCCUCCAUAUGUCUACAAGUCACCUCCACCUCCUCCAUAUGUUUAUGAGUCACCACCUCCUCCUCCAUACAUGUAUAAGUCUCCUCCUCCACCUCCAUAUGUUUACACGUCACCGCCACCACCUCCAUACAUGUACAAUUCACCACCACCUCCCCCAUAUUACAAGUAAACUCUGGUCUUCCCCCAUUAAAAGGUCGUCGCCUUUGUCAUCACCUCCACCUCCUCAAACUUCCAGGUCUCCUCCUCCACCAUCUAGAUCCCGUGCGACAGCAUAUUACUACAUUAGCAUUUCCUUUACUUGCCUUACAGUCAUUUGGUUUGUCUAAUAUCGAUGCAUAUGCUUGUUGUUGAUGUAAUAAGAGAAAGGCUAGCCAUUACUACCUAAAGCAAUCACUACUUGGUUUUCAGUAAACCCUAGUGAUUACUUAGGGUUGGGGUUUGAUUAUGUUCUCAAUCAACUUUAAUUUAUAUUAAUGAUUUA